AUGCUUACUUCCACAUUGCGAACAUUCGCAACACUGGUAGCUUUGGCGCAGGCUUUGCCGACUUCUCUGGCACAGAUAACUCCGACGCAAGUCUACAAUCCACUCGAAGCUUCGAAUGGUGCAGUCUCACAACAAUCCAACCUGACCAACGACGUUAACCCUCAAUACGCCGACCUUCUUGGAAACGCCCUAUGGUUCUACGAGGCACAAAGAAGUGGUGUCCUGCCCGCUGACAGCCGCGUAUCAUGGAGGAACAGCAGCUGCGAGAAUGACGGAACUCUGAAUGGCACCGAUCUUUCCGGUGGUUACUACGAUGCAGGUGACUAUAUCAAGGCCACCUAUCCCUUCUGCUGGACCUUGACAUCGAUGGCAUGGAGUGCGCUGAGUUUCGGUUCAGCGUACGCCAAAAGUGGUCAGGAUGCUUACCUCGAUUCGACGCUUCGCUGGGGGCUCGAUUGGCUUUCGAAGGCGCAUUCAGAUUCCAACACGUUGUGGGUCCUCGUAGGUAACCCAGGCACCGAUGACCAGUACUGGGGCGGAGACCUCAACAUUCCUGGGCCUCGCCCAUCCUUCAGCGUCACACGGCAAAACCCAGGCACCGACGCUUUCGCUUCAUGUGCGGCCGCAUUUGCUGCAUCGGCCUAUCUCUACGGCGAGCGUGGCGCAUCCCUUCCAACCAGUACAAGUGGCGCUCAGCUCGGCGGUGUACCCAGCAUUCGCAACCGUACAUAUGCCGAUGGCCUGAUGCGUCAUGCGGAAGGACUCUGGGACUUGGCAAUCAGCAGCUCGCCCAAGCAGGUCUACCAGGUCGCAUCGCCAAUCGCUGGGCAGAGCUACCCUUCCAGCGACUACGAGGACGACAUUGCGUUCGCAGGCAUGUGGAUGACGCUAGCCAAGGCCGACCCCAGCUAUGUCAACCAGGGCCUAACAUACUAUCCUAACGGCACUAAUCCUUACGCCAGCAUCAACGCUGCACUCAAUUGGGAUCGCAAGACUGCGGCGCUUCCCGUGCUUGCUGCACAGAUGACACAGCACAACGCCUCUUUCGGUCUUAACAUGGCACGCUUCCAGAACGACGCUGAGCAGUACUUUGACCAUCUGACAUCAGGCAAGAUGACCUACGUUAGUCAGACCAAGGGCGGUCUCUACUACUGGCAAGGCGACAGCGAUGCUGCCAGUCUCAACCCUGCAUUGAACGCCGCCUUCAUUGCUGACAUCUACUCAGGCUUUGCGACAUCUUCCGACAAGACCAACGCUUACCGUUUCCUCGCUGACUCGCAGGUUGACUACUUGCUCGGAGACAACAGCUACAAUGGCCCGUUCAUCGUCGGUCAGCACUCCAACAGCCCUCAGAAUCCGCACUCAGCGAUGGCAUCGGGCGGCAACGACAUCACCAACAUCAACAACAGUCCCCCCAGGGAGUUGCACGUGUUGUACGGUGCCGUCGUGGGUGGUCCCGACAAACAGGACCGUUUCUUUGACAUUCGCGAUGACUGGCCGCAAACCGAGAUCGCGCUCGACUACAAUGCACCGCUUGUGGCUGCUGCCGUCUCGCGCAUUGCGAGGAACGUAACUAAGGAUCCUCCUUACACCACCUUGACGGGUGCUGCCAACGUAGCCUCAGGUCGUCCCACUGACGCCGCCUAUCCCGCACAUGGAAGUGGUGGUCUCAGCCAGGGCGCCAAAAUCGCUGUUGCCGUUGUCGUUCUCGUUGUCUUCUUUGCAGCCGCUGGUUGGCUUUCAUGGUGGCAGCGAGACCGGAUCAAGUGGUGGUAUCGCCACAAGAAGAUGGAUCUCUGA